AAAAUUCAGGAAAUGCCGACGACUGACAUGUGGCUUGGCAAGCAAGACGAAGUACCUCAUGGCGAUAUCCGCCGACGUCCAAGCGUUCCGCAGUCGGGUCAACGGCAUCUCGCUGGGAAGCGUCGGACUCGGUGGACUCUACCAAGAACUUCCUGGAGAGGCCGUGGCAGUUGCCGCAGAGACCUUUGAAACGGCCUUCCCGCGCGGCGUUCGCCUCAUUGACACUGCACCCUGGUACAACAACGCCGAGGAAGUUGUCGGCCAAGCUCUUCGUCGUAUCGAAACACCGCGACACGAGUACUUCUUGGCGACCAAAGUUGGACGCUACCGUAGCGACAAGCAUCCAAAUGGCGAAUUUGACUAUUCCCGAGCGCGCAUUCGUCAGAGCGUGCAAGAUUCACUCACGAAACUUGGAUCGACUUACUUGGACGUGGUGUACUUGCAUGACGUGGAGUUCGUUCAUCGGGACAAGGUGCUGCAAGAAGCGAUUCCUGCGUUGGCUGAACUCCAAGUUGAAGGUAUCGUCAAGCUAAUUGGCAUUUGCGGCUAUCCCCUCGACGUGCUCGAUGAUAUCGUCCAGUCGUCGCCGCAUCCUCUUCAAGUCGUGCAAAGCUACUCACACUUGACGCUGCAGAACGACUCGCUCCUGGCGAAAGCGGCCGCAUGGCACGCUCGCGGCAUCAUUGUGAUCAAUGCCGCACCUCUGUCGAUGGGUUUGUUAACGACGCGCGGUCCGCCAGCAUGGCACCCGGCAUCGCCAGAAUUGCGUUUGGCCUGUGCCGCCGCCCUGAAGUGGCUGGCGACUGUCGAUUUCCCCUCCGAGAAGCCCUCCGUCGAAGGCCUCGCGAUUCAGUACGCUUUGGACGCCCAGGCACAACACGAAUCGUUGACGACGACGGUGGUCGGAAGCAUGGGUGCCGCAGAAGUCUUGUCGUCCAUCGCCGCUCGAGAUAAUCCGUCGCCCCUUGUCAAGGCUCACAUCGAAAAGGUAUCGACAUCUAAGAUGCCCUCUCGUUUUCACGUGGCUCACGCACACUUACUAGUUCCGCGAGAUCCUUGGUGCCAGCUAUAACGAGUCGUGGACCCAAGACCUAUCUAGCUUCCAAACGACCCACUAACGACGUUUUUCCCUCGACAUCCUUCAUGAACGACGACGUGCCUGUCGUACCCGAAGGGCAUUGCUAGAAUGCGCCCGCUUCGGCAAUAUGAGAGUUUCUCGCACAUGGGCAUCGGAGCAGUCUCUUGUGAAGAAUCGCCAGCACAUCUGAAAGACGUGCAAGUGAUUCUGUUGAAAUUGAGGUCGAGAUGAAUCCGGUCGUCAAUGGUCCCCCUGGGCUGUAACGACUCGAAGCACGUCAUGAACGUGAGGCCACGGAGAAUUGGAUCCAACCAAACUGUCGACAAGGGAGAGCUUGGGGAAGUUACCAGCGCGACGUUUCAGACAACUCGACCGUCAUAACUGAGAUCUGUAGGGACAGCAAGUCGUCAAGAAUCGACAUCGUCGCUGAACUGUAAGACAUGGCUGUGGGAAUGCGCAUCGCGCGCAGUCUACAAUAGUGCGGCUUUAGACAGGUCUUCGCCGACUUCGCGGCACGCACGUGCCGCCGCCGCGUCCUCGGCCGUCGCCCGUUUUGAAU